AUGAGCCCGCCUGCAGACCUCACGAACAUUCCCAAGAAGCACAAGGCUGCCAUCUACGACAAGCCUGGCACGCUCAGCAUCAAGGUCACCGAGAUUGACACGCCUGAGCCCGCCCAGGGUGAAGUCCUCGUCCGUCUCACUCACUCGGGCGUCUGCCACUCGGACUAUGGCGUCAUGAUGAACGCGUGGCCGGCGCUGCCUGCGCCCACCCCCGAGGGCCAGGUUGGUGGCCACGAGGGUGUGGGCUAUGUCGCCAAGCUGGGCCCCGGUCUCGACAACUCUCCAGUCAAGGUUGGUGACCGCGUUGGUAUCAAGUGGAUGUCGGCCGUCUGCAACGCCUGCAUUCCCUGCCUCAGCGGCCGAGACGCAUCCUGCACUGCCGGCAAGAUCAGCGGCUACUUUACUCCUGGUACCUUCCAGCAAUAUGCCAUUGCCCCGGCAUCGUACGUCACGCCCAUCCCCGAGGGGCUCGACUCGGCUUCCGCUGCCCCCCAGCUCUGUGCCGGUCUGACGGUAUACGCCGCGCUACAGAAGGCAGACGUCAGUGCUGGUCAGUUUGUUGUCAUCAUGGGUGCCGGUGGCGGUCUGGGUCAUCUCGCGUGUUCCUUGGCAGCCAACGGUCUUGGAGCCCGCGUGAUCGGUAUCGACCACGGCAGCAAGAAGGAUGUCGCGAACGCGAAUGGUGUCGAGUUCUUCAUCGACUUUACCCAGACAAAGGACGUCGCUGCCAAAGUCAUGGAGAUCACCGGAGGACUUGGCGCUCACGCCGUCCUCGUUCUCACCGCCUCCAACGCGGCGUACGGGCAGUCGCUCACAUUCCUCCGCUUCGGCGGAACCGCCGUCUGCGUCGGUGUUCCCGAAGGCGAGAUGGUUCCCGUCGCCUCGGCCGCUCCCCCACUGUUCAUCUUCAAGGAGCUCCGCCUCGUCGGCUCGGCCGUGGGCGGUCGCCUGCAGGCCAUCGAGACCCUCGACUUUGCCGCCCGCGGCGUCAUCAAGACCCACUACAAGACGGCCAAGCUCGAGGACCUCGCUCAGGUCUUCCAAGACAUGGAGGAUGGCAAGAUCCAGGGCCGGGUCGUGCUCGAGAUGCACUAG